AUGAUCACCAAAGCCUUGCAGCAAGCCCAGGAGAACAAGCAGCCGGUUGAGAUAGUCCUCAACGAAUGGGACGGACUGACCAGCAAUUGGAUCUCGUAUUUUUCGCUAUUUAGCCCUUGGGUUAAUGUGGUUGACAUGGUCAUGCGUAUAUGGGUAGACAGGGAUGAUGCAGACCCUACGCUCCGUCGAACGCAAAGACAAUACUUUCAUUCAUUCCGAAUCUCUCAUGCUAUAAAAUGCAUGAAUGGAGACACCGAUGGCGCCUCUGAAGAAGCCAUUGAAUUUGUGGAAAAGCUACAAGAAGUGUGGGCCAGUAAGGUUCAAAUACCAGAAACCACGAGGAGGUUAAGGCGAACAACAUAUAACCGAAAUGUGGCCCUAAACGAUGGGUUUUACCAAGGCAGAAAUGCCAUUAUUGCAACGAUGAACUCGACACGGAAGAACAGAGCGACCACCACGAGACGUGGUUUUGCAGAGGAGCCGAAGGUCCAGCCAGAGACGAAGAUGGUACGCAGUUACACACAUGCCGUAACUGCGGCGAGCAAUUCCCUGCUGCCUGGCAGAGGCACCGCCAUAUGA